AUGUUUGAAGGUCUUAGGAUUCAUGUAAAAUAUGCUUACACUCUCUCUAUCAUCCUUGUCACGCUUCGUCUCAUCUCUCUAUCAUCCUUGUUACGCUUCGUCUCCUCUCUCUCUAUCAUCCUUGUUACGCUUCGUCCCCUCUCUCUCAUGGCGCAGCCGGUGAAUCAAGAUGAUACGUUGACGAAAAUUCUUACAGGUUUUAUCGGCGGUGUUAUCACGGUGCCAACUUAUUUAGCGCUGCGUAACAAAAUGCCAUCGUUGUGGACUCCGGUCUUGUUGUUCGGAGGGGCUCUGUUUGCUGUGUUGAUGACGAGCUUCAUGGGACAUGCGUUGAGAGCAUUAAACUUCAGAAGAUGCGUCUGGGAAUCUUUAAUUGCCGCCGGAUCUUUCUUCGCCGGUGGUAUUGUUCCUCUCGGACUUGGUCUACUCGUACCCAACCGAGUGGUACGUAUCAUCACUUUAAUUGUGAUGACCUGCUUGGUCACUGCGUUGAUGUUAGUUAUCUUUAGAGGUGACGGGAGAGAUCGGCGGCACACGGAGGUUCCUCUGUGGUGCAUUUGGUUGUUAGUCAACGUUGUCAUUGCUGUACAAACAUUGAUAGUUGACUUUGCCGAGAAAAUUUAG